UUGUUCGUCGACCUGCUCCCUGCUUUACCUGACACCGCUCGCCAGUGUUUCCAUAGCCGCGUACACCGAUGGAUCGACUCGGGAUCCUCUCGUGACUCCGUUGAGCUCGCCACGCUCGGAUCGUCACCCCCCAAGUCGAAUAAAAAAAAAACCAUUCGGAACGAUCGCGGAAUUUCGACUUGGAAUUCGAAAGUUUGUGCCCCGUGUAAUCCGUUGGACAAGUCAAACGAGCACAGUGAAACAGAGGUAGACGAAGAGUGACACGUUGCGAUACGAUCGAUCCAACGUAGACAACUUCUACACGCGUUUACGAGGAUCGAAACAACAAUGUGCUCGUGACAGAGAGAGGGAAGGAUCGUUGGUCGGGUUCGGUUUCAUGAGGAAAGUUCACGUUCCCUUGGACGAUUUUUUCGUUAGACUUGAAGAAGACUGAGGAAGGAAACGGAUAAAACGUGGGCGUUGAGUGAUUGUUGUCGGUGCUAGUUUCCAUCGGGAGUCAUGAAAGAUACCAGCGAUACGAUGAAGGACGACUUGCCCGCGGACACGUUGAUGGACUGCGAGGGUGACGGCGGAGGGUUGGAGGAUCUCACGAACGACGUCGCAGAUUCAUCUCCGACUAUUCGAGAUGCUGCGGAGAGGUUGCUGACGUUGUUGGGGGUGGACGAAGACGAGGACCUGAUGUCGUCCUCCGAGGACGAGGGUGUGGAGCUGGACGAUUUAGAAGAUGAAGAAGAAGAAGAGGAAGAGAACACCAGGUUAUUGCAUCAACUGGUCGCUUCAUUAGCGAAGGAAUUGAAACAACAAUCUCAUCAGAAACAAACGUCGACCAGGAUCCUUGGUAAAAGUUCCUUCAAGGACUCUAAGGAGCACACAGAGACCGGUUACCUGGAUCGUGCUUGUCUUCAGGAACAAAAUUUCAAAUCGACCAGCUGUUAUCGCGAGAGUUUGCCUGACAAGUGCCAGAAACAAGGCUCUUCUCGUUUCCUAUCCAAGGAUCAUGGGUUUUUAGAUUCCCAUGAAUGGGUGAAUCCUUGUUCAAGGAUGAAUCAGCAGGCAGAAGGUGGUAGCCAUCAAGUAUCCGGAUCUUGGAACGCUGGUUGGGAUGCAUGCGCCACGGAAGCUCUUAGAUAUCUGGUCGAAGACGAAGGUCUACAUCCUCAUCAUCCCACGGUGGUGGCCAUGAAGAGCCAUCUGGAGUUGCAGAGGGAACGAGCCUUAUUCGCUCAGUACACCGCGUAAACGAAUUUCGGAUCUUAUCGAAGGGCGAGAGACGGUAUUUUUUUAAAAGCAAGCCUGGUUGACUUUCACCGAGGGAUGCUUUCGAGGCGAGGGCAAUCGCGAGAAGGAAUCGAUUCAAGAGAGAGGGUGUUUCCGGUUUCUGCUUUGGGGAUUGAACGCGGUGAAUGUGGGCGAGAAGCUGGCGAAAUCUCUGCUCUUGGAAAGCUGGCCACCUGUUACGAUAUCCUUUGUAAGAGGAUGUUCUUUUGUGGAUAUACUUCUCUGAUUCGUUAAGGUGAAAGAAUCAUCAACAGGUAUCUAUCAUUCUAUUUGUUAACAAGAAUCGAAGAGUUACUUCUGGAUGAGUAGGAACACUUUCAAGCCUUUCUAAAUUAUUUAUAUUAAUUUUGGAAGAUUUUCAAUCUGGAUGAGUAGGAUCACUUUUAAUCCUUUUCAAGUUACUCAUAUUAAUUUUGGAAGAUUUUUAAUCUAGAUAAAUAGGAGCACUUUUAAAUCAUUACAA